UGCUACAAUUGUGGGGUGACCAAGACUCCGCUCUGGAGAAGGACUCAAGAUAGGAAACACUCUCUUUGUAAUGCUUGCGGACUUUAUUUUAAGCAAUAUAAAACCAAUCGGCCGAUUGCUGGACGCACCUCAACAGAAUCGCCCGGAAGUGUCAACAGCAAAGCUACCGCCAACGCAAACAUCGAAUGCGCUAACUGUGGACAGACUCAAACUCCACUCUGGCGUAAGGAUGCUAAAGGGCAGUCAAUUUGCAACGCUUGCGGUCUUUAUGCUCGACUCCACCAACGCGAUCGCCCUGUGACCAUGCGAAAGACAAAGAUUGCAAGGCGCAAGCGU